ACAGUGACAACAGUUAUACUGGCAUUUUAACCCCAAAUCUCAAUGUCUGAGAAGGUGAUACUGGAGGAGGAAGAUGUUGUUCACUAUGUGGACAGUCAUAGGGCUUCCCUCAUUCAGAAGGUAUGCGAAGUUGAGCCCAUUGCAGACAUUCUGCUUACACAGAAAAUAAUUAAUCAGGAGACAUAUGCAAACCUCUGUGCUUCCAAUACCAACCAGAAAAAAAUGAGAGUGCUUUAUUCUGCUCUGGAAAGCGGCCCGAGAGCAAAAAUGGCAUUUUACAAGGCCCUACAAAAGUACAAUUAUGUUGGCCAUCCACCAGAAUCAUCACAGAAAAGAGUCAAAGAGACACAUAAAGAAAAGAUGAAGAAGAAAUAUGAAAACACAUCUGAAGGUCAACAAGGGAAGAAAGUCUUCCUCAAUGAUAUUUAUACUGACCUCUGUAUAAUAAAAGGGGAAAGUGGAGAAGUUAAUGAAGAGCAUGAGGUGAGGCAUAUUGAGAAAACAGUAAAAAAAACAACUUCAAAAUUGAGCACAAUCAGAAAUAAUGACCUUUUUAAAUCCACUCAUAAAGAUGAAAAUUGUACCAAAACAGUGCUGACAAAAGGAGUUGCUGGCAUAGGUAAAACAGUCUCUGUGGAGAAGUUUAUUCUUGACUGGGCAGAUGGAACAGCUAAUGAGGACAUUGAUUUCAUAUUCAUUUUUCUCUUUCGAGAGCUGAAUCUGAUGAAAGAGAACAAUUACAGUCUGUUGGAACUUAUUUACCACUAUUACCCGGAAGUGAAAGAAAUUAGUGAUAUUGCAUCUGGGACCUACAAGAUUUUGUUUAUCUUCGAUGGUCUGGAUGAAAGCCGACUUGAUUUAGAUUUUCAGAACACUUUACCCUGGCAAGAUGUAAAAAAGCGAUUAUCUCUAAAUGUGUUGCUGCCAAAUAUCAUCAAAAGGAAUCUGCUUUCCUCUGCUCUCAUUUGGAUAACAUCCCGACCUGCUGCAGCUAGUCAGAUCCCUCCUGCAUAUGUUGAUCAGGUGACAGAAGUGCGAGGAUUUAAUGAUCAGCAGAAGGAGGAUUAUUUCAGGAAGAGAUUCACAAAUGAGACUCAGGCCCAUUUUAUUAUCACAUACAUUAAGUCAAAGAGGAGCCUUUAUAUCAUGUGCCAUAUACCAGUCUUCUGCUGGAUUUCAGCAACUGUUCUGGAGAAUGCUUCAAAAGAAAAUGAAGAAGUAACCAAUGUACCUAGAACUCUAACUGAAAUGUACACUCGCUUCAUGUUACAUCAGAUAAAACAUAAGAAAGACAUAUACCUUGGUAAAAGUACGAAUUCAAAGGAAUUUCAGUCACAAUUCAUUCAGAAACUGGGGCAACUGGCAUUUGAGCACCUGGAAAAAAACAGUUUACUGUUUUAUGAAGAAGACUUAAAAAAGUGUGACAUUGAUAUCAGCCAAGCCUCGGUGUACUCUGGAGUGUGUACAGAAAUAUUUACACAAGACAGCAAAUUAAGUGACAAUAAAGUAUUUUCUUUUGUACAUCUUACCAUUCAGGAGUAUCUUGCUGCAUUAUAUGUCUUUCUUUCAAACAGAAACAACAAUAUAAAUCCACUAGACCAUAGCUUUGGAAGCAAAUUUAAAUGGAAAUGUCAAAAAAGAGGCUUGUAUGAAUUGAACAAGAGUGCAGUGGAUAAGGCUUUACAAAGUAAGAAUGGACACCUUGACCUUUUCCUUCGCUUUCUUCUUGGUCUCUCUGUGGACUCUAACUUGAGUCAGUUACAGGACCUACUGACACAGCCAAAAAGCAGCUCAAAGAGCACAGAGAAAACAGCAAACUACAUCAAGAAGUUGAUUAGGAAGUGUCCUUCUCCAGAGAGAUGCAUCAACUUGUUUCACUGUUUAAAUGAACUAAAUGACAAUUCUCUUGUGGAUGAAAUCAAAAGUUUCCUAAGUUCAGGAAGUGUUUCAAGAGGAGAGCUCUCACUUGAACAAUGCUCAGCACUGGCCUAUUUUUUUAUGAUCUCAGAAGAAAUUGAUGAGUUUGACUUGAAGAAGUACAGCACAAAAAAAGAAAUGCAUUUGAGACUGCUGCCUGUUGUCAAGUACACCAGAAGAGCUCUGUGA